CUUCAAGUCUAAACAAUCAAUCAUCAGGAUUGCCUAUGGGUUGUGAUGAGGUACUCCUCUGCUAAGACUCGGUCAUGACUCGAGAUCUCCACAGGUAAUGAGGCCAAUAUUCGUUCACUCCAGUGCUGCACUAUGAAGUUCGAGGAUGAGUGCGUGAAUUCCAGGUGAAACUCCUCCCAGAACAAAACCAAUGGGCGAGAGCCGCAUGCUUGCGGGUCAACUACAAUCUGCAAAGAAUUCUGAGAUCUUCCACUCUCUCACAUCCACUUUCCGGUGCUGGACAUGUCUCUUUUGAUGAUGGACUCAUCGUCAACCCGGAGGUAUCGAGUGCCAUCCACGCCUGUGCUCUCUCUUGAGCAUCCAUGCAUCGUACAAAACUCGCAGAAGGCUGUCCAGAUGGUGGGAGGUCCCAGCGAAAUUGCCCAGGCUCUCAAUAUCGACGGUGAAAAAACCCUAGGGCUCAGAUUCCAGUUGGACAACCCGGACAGUCGAACUGUUAUCUCAUACAAUAAGAAGACUGAUAAUCUACUCCUCAAGCUCACACUGCCUAAGAGGACAGGCAGAAAGAGGAAGCGUGGCUCAGAAGACGAGUUUGUUGAGCACUCACAAGAGGACAAUCGAAAAGAUGUAGCUUACCUACUACGCUCUCUCCAUGACAAUUCGAAAAGGUAUGAGGCAGAAGUUGUGGGCAAAAUCAGCUCCACGCAUAUCUGGCGCACGAUGCCGGAUUUAGUGUACUCAACCAGAGACUCGCAAUUCCUCCGCGAAGUGCAGUCGAAAAUCAUGCCACAGGAUUACCCGCUCGUCAAGCAAUGGUCUCUACCUGAGUCGUACGGACUGCAAGAUACCGAAAUAUUUCCACCUGCUGUACUGUCCACCCAGACUCUGUCUUCAAACUACACGUAUCGACAAAAUCCGGCUGUAAAGACUGUAUCCGACCCGGCAACCGGUAAGAGGUCACUCUUCAACACUCAGGCACCCCAACGGCUCUUCACCUAUCAGUGUCAGUGGAACGACGAAAAAUACCCAGAUCAGCCAAACCCCGACUGCCCUCCUCUCCAAGACUUUCCGGACAGUCACAUCCAGUUGUACGGACUCAUUCAAAGGCUGUUCGAUCAGCGGCCUAUUUGGACCCGGCGAGCUCUUAUAAACCAGUUUCCGGACGACGCCCCUGUGUUUGCCGCCCGCUAUAUAAUCUCCUACGUCGCGUACGCCCUUCGCUCGGGACCCUGGAGAGACACGUUCUGCAAAUUUGGUCUAGACCCGCGAAAAGACCCCUCUUACCGCAAAUACCAGACGGUCAUGAUGCAGCUUUUGCACAGCGGAGAAGGAUUCGACCGCUCAUGGGCAAGAAGCAAGGACAGGUCUUCCCACGUUUUCACAGGCAAGCCGCCGUACCCGACCGACGGCAAACUCUGGCAGCUGUGUGAUCUGGAGGAUCCCGAUCUGAAACCUUUGGUUGAUACGCCGGAGAUCAAUCUUCGACAUGAAUGUGAGCUCAGAUACUUCGGCUGGUAUAGCAAUGGGACCAUGGCGAAGAUUCGAAUCGCACUAAAAGCCAAAUCGGAUGCCCUUAUAAGCCACGAGACCUUGGACCCAGCAGCCAUGCGGAACUUCUUGACUCUACCGGAUUACUGGGAAGGAAUGGGUAUGGCCGACUCUAGCGAUCAGAUCAGGACGUCUAUGGGAUUCUUGGGCAAGGAUGCCUCCAAGAAAGAGCUCGAGUGGGCUGCAGCUUACCGAUCCCUCUGUCGAACCACCGCUGGCUCACUCCCAACAUCUGGUGGUAGUGGAAAAGGUCGACUGAGCAAAUCAAAGCGCAAAACGACGUCAAGCUAUCUUGAAGCUGGGCAGACGCCGCUGUCCGAAGAGCCUGAUGUUCCUGAAGGUUAUGAAGAGCCGGAAGACGGCGAUGAAGAACAAGACGAAGCUGACGAAGAAGACGAAGACGAGGAGCCAGAGGGAGAAGAUCAAGAGCCCUGACAAAACAGUUCUAGUCGAGGCACUCGAUAUUCUGUGUCUCAGGAGGGAUUGUCGUGUAGCAUUAUGAUACCUGUGUUGGAUUGGAAAUUGCUAAGGCAAAAGAAAAGAAUCGUUAUACCUCGUGCCUCUUACCGGCCAAUGUGACUCCGUUUCUCGAUGUAUUUUCGCCGUCACUCGGUACCUCAUUAGUCAGCUGUUGGGAGAAAGUCCGA